AUUUUUUUAUAAGAUCUUUUAUAACCGAUCUAGGAUUAUCAAAGAAACUGAAGGAAUCAGCUUCAAAAGGUGAAGUUUAUGGUGUUAUGCCCUAUAUUGCACCAGAAAUUUUAUUGGUAAUUAGCUCAAAACUUUCUAAAUGGCAGCGUAUCAUUUCGAAAUCUCGUAAAGAUUCUGAUAUUAAAAGAAGUUUUAUUUCAGCUAAUGAAGAAAUCAAAACACAAAUUAUUUUACCAAAUUAUCAAAAUUCAAUGUAUCCAAAUUAUAAAAAACCAAUGUAUACUAGCAUAUUAAUAAACACUAAAGAAAUUAAAUCGGUGUAUGAAUCAGCUACCGGCAUGUUAAUAGACACUAAAGAGAUUGAACCAGCUACCUGCAUAUUAAUAAACACUAUGGAGAUUAAAUCAAUAGAUGAAUCAUCCACUAACAUAUUAAACACUAAAAAAAGAUUAAAUCAGUACAUGAAACAGCUACUAGC